AUGUCGGCCCCCAACGAUCAGUUCUACCUGCGAUACUACUCCGGCCACUCUGGACGCUUCGGCCAUGAGUUCCUGGAGUUUGACUUCCGCGUUGUCGGCGACGGACGCAGUGCAGUCGCACGAUAUGCCAACAACUCCAACUACAGGAACGACAGUUUGAUUCGCAAAGAGAUGUGCGUCAGCGCUCUGGUCGUCGAGGAGAUCAAGCGCAUCAUCAAGACGAGCGAAAUUUUGAAGGAAGACGACUCAAAGUGGCCGCAAAAGAACAAGGACGGACGCCAGGAGCUUGAGAUUCGGCUGGGGAACGACCAUAUUUCUUUCGAGACCGCUAAGAUUGGCUCCUUGGUCGACGUGACGGAGUCUGCAGACCCGGAAGGAUUGCGAGUGUUUUACUACCUCGUGCAGGACCUGAAGGCUCUCGUCUUCAGCCUGAUUGCCCUGCACUUCAAGAUCAAGCCCAUCUAA